AGGCCAAGCUACAGAAGUUUGACCUGUUUCCCAAAGGCCUGCUGCAGCCGGGAGGAGCGGCUUCUCCUCAGCCUCCCGGGGGAAAGCCAGUGUCCCCCGACGGGGCAGACUCGGCGCCCGGCACUUCGUCUCCAGAGGCCCGGCCUGGUUCCGGUUCGGAGAACGGCGACGGCGACUCGUUCCUGGGCUCGCCUCUGUCGAAGGCACUAAAGGAAGGGGGAGGCGGAAGCGGCGGCGGCAGUGGCAGCGGCAGCGGCGGCGGCGGCCCUGGUGACGACGACAGCCCUGGCUCCAUCAGCCCCCUGGGUUCCGACUCGGGCUCGGAGGCGGACAAGGACGAGGCCGCGGCGUCUCCGCCGCCUUCGGGGUCGGGCCCCGGACCCCGGCAGCGGACGCCGCUGGACAUCCUGACCCGGGUCUUCCCCAGCCACAAGCGCAGCGUGCUGGAGCUGGUGCUUCAGGGCUGCGGCGGGGACGUGGUGCAGGCCAUCGAGCAGAUCCUGAAUCACCACCGGGGUGCUGCCGUGGCCGGGGGCGCCGCUGUGGCAGCCGUGGCCGCCGGCG